UUCAAGAUGGCUGACGAGGAGGAGGUGAAUUCUGAUAGACCUCAAAGAGAAGCAAGAAAAUGCUCCAUGUUGUCAAAUAUAUUGCUUAAAGAAGAAAGACGGGCGCAAUUAAAAGAGAUUACAUCUAUUUUAAAGAAAGCAGAAUGUGACCGAUCUGAAAAAGAAAAUAUCCAGCUAUUGGUAGCAGAUGAUAUUGUCAAAUUAGUGCAAAAGAGAGCCAAACUUCAGAAGACAAGAAAGGAUAGACUGCUUGAAAUUGAAGAUCCACCUGAUAUACUGGAUGUUAAAUGUAAACAACUGGCUGAAGAAAUAAAAGGAAGUAGUAAUGUUGUUGUUUAUACUGGAGCUGGCAUCAGUACGGCAGCUUCUAUACCAGAUUAUAGAGGACCUAAUGGAAUAUGGACACUACUCAAAAAAGGUCAAGAACCAAGUGCUCAAGAUCUCAGUGAUGCUGAACCAACAUUUACUCACAUGAGCAUAACAAAACUAAGUAAAGAAGGACAUAUCAAGUAUAUUGUAUCUCAAAAUUGUGAUGGUCUUCAUCUAAGAAGUGGUUUUCCCAGGAAAUGUUUGUCAGAGGUUCACGGCAAUAUGUAUAUAGAGACUUGCUACAACUGUCAACCCAAACCCAAUGAAUACAUACGACUGUUUGAUGUGACUGAGAAAACAGCCAUGAGAAGACAUGCUACUGGAAGAUUCUGUCAUGAUUGUAAUGGUCAACUUAAAGAUACCAUAGUACACUUCGGUGAAAAGGGAGGAAUGAAGUCACCCUAUUAUUGGAAGAAAGCAGCCAAGGCAGCUCAAAAUGCAGAUAUAAUAUUGUGUUUAGGAACAAGUUUGAAGGUAUUGAAAAAAUAUCCUUGUUUGUGGGCAAUGGAUAAACGGCCAUCAAAAAGACCCAAACUCUACAUUGUAAACCUUCAAUGGACACCUAAAGAUGAAGGUGCUCUUUCUAAAAUAAACGGUCGAUGUGAUGAUGUAAUGGAAAGAGUAAUGAAAUAUUUAGAUAUGACUGUAUCUCCUUAUAGAAAACAAGAUGAUCCCAUCUUCAGACAUGCGACACUUUUGAAAUCUGAUGAAAUCGAUACAACAGAGAAAAAAAUAUUGCAGAUUCCUGUAAAUGCCAUAAAAAAGUUGGAAAGGAAGUCAAAUAUUGGUACCGCUCGACCAAAAAUAAAAUCGCUAAAUAAACACACAACCAUUCAAAAGAUACUCAACUCCCCUUUUAAGAUAAGUAAUAGCGUUCCAGAAGAUGAAACAGAUAACGAUGGAAAAGAUGCACAAGAACACAAUUACUCAGGAACAAGAAAAGCGUCAGAUAUUUCUUCUGAAGUGAGAGAGAGACUUUCCCACAUGCUCAGGAAAAAUGCACACAUAUCCACACCAACUGUCUUUCAUAAUCCAAUGAUGCAGCAACUUCCUCUACCUAUAUUUCCAUUUAUGCCAGGAACUAUUUUUGGACCAAACUUUAUACCUUAUCCUCCAUUAAUGGUUGCUAACCACCAUCUUGAAUCAGGUUUACCAUCUACCUCAUUACCUGAUAAAACAUCUAUGCAGAAUAUGUUUCACAAUAGCAAUAUAUUAACUCAACAAGACUGGUGCCAGUUGCUAAGACAGACAUCUUUACACCAUUUAAAUUUUGCUAAUAACACUGGCUUUACGUCCAUAAUGGAACAACACCAACAACAACGUCCUUUCUGUAUAAAACAAGAAAUUGUGCCAAAAGACCUUAAAGCUCCAUGUCAUGUUCCAAUUAAUGUGAGUUUAGAUCAUUGUUAUUAUAAGGCUUUUAAUGGUGUGAAGUCGCCACCUGCGAAACUCCGACGUGUUUCCCCUGUCAAAGGCAAUAUAAAAAAUAAAGUGGUCGAAUCGGUCAGCAAGACAAAUAAAAUCAGACAUAAAAUAAAACAAGAAAUACAGAAAAAUUCCAAUAACAAAUCUGAAAUUAUAAAAUCAGAAGAUGUGAAUACGGACAAUAUUUUUUCUGAUAUUAAUAAAACUGCUGUAAAAAGUGAAACUAACAAUUCCAUGUCACCUUCUAAGAAAGAGGAUGAUUCAUCCAAACCAUCCACCGUAGAUAAACGCAGACGGUCAUCGAGCUCAAUACCUGGAUGGUUUGGGAAAGGACUAAGCAUCAAGCGUAAACGGAAGUUUUAGUCCGCCGUAGAUGUUGUUUGUAUAGUUUUCAAUUAUGAAUAGUUUAUUAAUUUAUUAACAUGUGGUCUCUAGACUAUUAUCGGAGUUGAGUUGAAGUUAUUUAUCAUGUUGAAAUCUAUUAACACGUAUACACUGUGUUGAGUUAUCAUAUUUAUCAUGUUAAAAUCACUAUGCACAACUCUUUAUGUGAUAGUUUUACAAGCAUAGGGCAAAUAGCUUUGGGAAUUUUGUUUUUAUAAUGUAACUAGUGUAUAUCAUAUGGAGUAUUUUCUUAGUUGGACUUCUUGCAUAUACUAACAGCAUUAUUAGUUAGUUGUAAUGAUUACUAUCUACAAAUAAACUUUCCAGAAAGGAGAAAGAGAAAUGGGGUUUAACGUCCACUCUACACAAACUAGGUGAUAUGGUACAAUUUUAUUUUAAUAAUUGCUUGGGUGUAGGAAACAGGGGGACCAAGAGAAUACCUAAAAGGUUAUGCAUGUUACCCUACUCUUGUCAUAUACAAGCUUUGAAUCGAAACCACAUCAUUAAUUAACAAAGCUUAUGAUGUAACACACACCCAUUAGACCACUAAACCCCCGCUCACCCCAAACACACACUUUUUGUAGAAAGGUAAAGAUACCUAGAAUUUAUAAUUUAGAUGUAUAUUUAUUAUAGUUGUAUUAGGAAAUGAUUCAUAAUAAGGCCAUACAAAAAUAACAUUGCUUUAAAAAAAAAAUCUGAUGCCCACAUUUCAGUGUCAGUGUAUUAUUAAGUGAUGCUGGGGCAUCUGAGAAACAGAAUAAAUGUUUUAUAUGGCCUAAUUUAGUUAUUAUUUUCUACUUAAACUAAUACUUUAUCAGAUUUUAUUUUAAAGAUCCUGUUUAAAAGUCUUUAGCAAUUACCACCUACACAAUAUCAUUAUCACUUAAUAAUGGAGUGAAUUGUACAUUUCUAUUUCAUAUUUUGAAUAGCAGAAUAAUAAUAAUAGUACUGGUAGUAUUUUUUUGUACAUUUUGUAUUUGACAUAUUCAUAUAUUUUGCGUAUGAUUUUAAUUUCAUUUUUUGUUUCCAUAAUUAACUGAAAUGAAUGGAGUCUAUUGUCUCAUUAACACAAUUUACAAUUUUCAAACAAAUGCAAUGUAAUUUAUUUCUGUGAUUAAGAAUUCAGUUUGUCCUAAUACUCUACCAGAGCGUCAUCGGAAUUCCGUCUUCAUAUGGAUCAUCUGUUAUAUCCGUAAACAAUAAAUUUUGUAGCAUCGAAACAACUUGACACAUUUUAAACGGUGGCUCAGUGAGUAAGAUGCUGGCUCGCAAACCAGGAGGUCUCUGGUUCACUCUUGUGAAAGGUGCAGGACGGAGGGCAUGGCAAGGAUUGUGUCUAGUCAUUCAAGUGGGACAAAAAAACAAGGUCACCUGUACAGUACACAUUGGCAUAUACGUAAUAAAAAAAAAACCUUGACAGUUGGAAUUGAAAAUUUCUCAUGGCACACUGUAUGGCAUAUGCCCAUCUUCAUUGGCCCUUCAUUUCUUACAGACUAAAUGUGGGUACACAGUCUCAUACUAUGCACACAAUUUUCCAUUAUCUCAAAGCCAUAGUAACUACAUAAUAUGUAUAUGUAGGGGUAUAGAGAAACAUCUGGGGGGUUUUAUGCAAUCUUCGGUGAAAUCUAAGUAGACACGCAUGCAAAUACAAAACAAACUGUUUCAUUACUUCAAGACUUAGGAAGAAGAAUUCCAACUGUCAAGGGUUCUUUGACAUGGACAGGUUGACUGCAUAUCUUUAAACCUACCUGAACCACUAGACAACACUUUUGUUGUGAGUCCAGGAGGUGCUACCUCAAGUGGAAUAUAGGCCAGGUACAUUAGCUUACCUGAAGAAGGAAUUGGAUACUAUAUAUGAGAUCUUUCACAAAUUUCUCUAAUUUUGCAAGUGGUUUUUUUUAUGCAUUGUUCAAUCUGUUAUGUUUUAUUUAUUUUUUACCCAGAAAGGUUUUUGAGCCAUUUUGAAAAUAAACUGUGUGUAUAUCACGUUAAAUGUACAUUGUCUAUUGUUUACAUUGGGUGUGGUAUUAUUCUUUGCUGACAGAUUUAAUGUCUCUCGCUUUUCAUUUCCAUUCUAUUAUUCUUUGCUGACAGAUGUAAUGUCUCUCUUGAUUUUAUAUUUGUCUAUAUGUUGGGGACCUACUAAUUCUCAGGGUAUUAAUAUAGUGUGGUGUGAUUUCUUUUGCUCAUUUUUAAAAUUAAUAUUUUUACUUUCAAGUUUAUCUAAAUUCUGUGUGAAUGGAGACACGAUAAUCUUUUAUGUGUUUGUAAAGAAUUGCCAAUACGAUCAAAUUGUUUAUUUUUUCUAUCAAUCUGUGGAUAAUCCCAACACUGUGUGUUAAAAUAUUCAUACUUAUAAAAUCAGUCAAGAUUAGAGAUUGUGAUCAGAUGCCUUAUUCACAAACUAAUGUAUUUUAAGGGAUUCCUCCUUUCUAUUGGUCAAGAGUUGAAAUUAGUGCUGGCACGAUAUAUCAUUGAAUCGAUUUAAUGCGAUACCUUCUAAUGGUUCUUGUAUAGAAUCGAGAGAUUCAGAAUCAAUGUAUCACAAUUCUUUUUUUUAUGUUUUUUUGUUUCGCUUCAGUAAGUAACCCAUCACACUUAAUUAUCCACGUCACACAUUAUCCAUAAGUACACAAACACUCUUAAAUUGUGGUCCUUUAUUUGAAUCCAUAUCAAUAUCGUGAUAUAAAACUGGUUUUAUUUCUUCGACAUCGGCAAAACUAAAAAUAUCAAUUAUUCAUUUAUCCUGUUGUUUUCUUGGUAAAUGUUGACCUAGUUAUGAAUCGUAUUGUAGCGCCUGGAUAGCAACAUGUCAUGUAUCGUGACUGCUGUGCCAAUACCCAGCAUUAGUUGAAAUACUAGUACAAUUUUUCGCUCUUAGCCAAUGAAAAGUCGGAUUUUAUCAAAUAUUUUAGUUUUCAUGAAUAAGGACUGAGACAAAUUGAUGUCUAUGUGCUGUCUUGGACACAUAAACUGGUUUAAGACAUUAAAAUUUUAGACACAACAGGGCUGUAUUUGGAUGAUAUUUGCCAGUUCUGACUGACUGGUAUUGAAAUUGACCAACUGGUGAAUUUACCUGCUUAUCAAUUUAAAUUCAAAUUAAAACACUUAAAUCCAGUUAAAUUUGUUGUUAUUUGGUGUAAAAAAUAAUUAAAACUUGAUAUGUAUAUUAAAAUAAUACUGGCAUAUUCUUUGAACAAAUUUUUGUCUAAUCCCAGGUAAAGUAGAUACUUGAUCAGGUAAAAAAUUUGUGGUGAGAGCUCUGAUACACAGAAGAUAUAACAAAAUUAUAUACUAAAAUCUUGCUCUGUUAAUUAUAUUAUGAAAAUGGUGCUUCAUUCAUUUUCAAAUAAAAGAUGUA